AAAAUUCAACCGUAAAACAACCCUUAUAUAUAAACCGAAAGCAUCGAAAGUCAACCAAAUCUUAAACAAUUAUAAACCCAGUUUUCUCGUGUAUAAAUUCAACAAUCAGAUCAAUUCCUUAGCAUUCUUAUUUAUCCGAAAAAUAUCUUAAUCCGACUCCAUCUCCUAUCUAUCUCUCAUAUCGUACACUUAACAUAAAUCCACAAUCAAAUUCCCCCCAUUAUAAAGAGAGAAAUUUUUCGUUUUGUGGUGUUUAUUAUUGUUUUGUAAAUAAAUGGGGUCAGAAUCAGAUGAGAGGGAGGUGAUAUUGGGUGUAGAUGGGGGCACCACCUCCACUGUGUGUGUUUGUAUGCCACUUCUUCCCUUUUCAGAAUUCCCUGAUCCUCUUCCAGUUCUGGGCCGCUCCGUUGCCGGUUGUUCCAAUUUUAAUAGCGUUGGAGAAGAUGUAGCUAGAGAAACACUGGAAAAGGUUAUGGCAGAAGCAUUGCUUGAUGCUGGUGUGAAACGAUCAGCUGUUAAAGCAGUGUGUUUGGGUCUAUCUGGUGUGAACCAUCCAACGGAUCAGGAGAAAAUAUUAGGCUGGCUGAGGAGUGCAUUCCCAAGUCAUGUUAAGUUGUAUAUUCAGAAUGAUGCCGUGGCUGCUCUAGCAAGUGGCACGAUGGGAAAACUUCAUGGCUGUGUUUUAAUAGCUGGUACAGGAAGCAUUUCUUAUGGAUUUACAGAAGAUGGAAGAGAAGCUCGGGCCGCGGGUGCAGGGCCUGUUUUGGGUGAUUGGGGGAGUGGCUAUGGGAUUGCUGCUCAAGCACUGAUUGCAGUGAUGAGGGCUCAUGAUGGUCGAGGUCCACAAACAAUGCUUUCGAGUUGUAUUCUACAGUCAUUAGGUCUUUCUUCUCCGGACGAACUAAUAGGGUGGACCUAUGCGGAUCCAUCUUGGGCUCGCAUUGCAGCACUUGUUCCAGUAGUUGUAUCCUGUGCAGAGGAUGGAGAUCAAAUUGCAGACGAGAUCUUACAUAAUGCAGUUCAAGAAUUGGCUAUAAGUGUCAAAGCUGUCGUCCAAAGACUACGCUUGGCCGGGGAAGAUGGAAAAGGUUCCUUCCCUGUUGUUAUGGUUGGAGGCGUACUUGGAGCCAACAAUAAAUGGAAUAUAGGGAAUGAAGUCACUAAUUCUAUUUUAAAGACUUAUCCCGGAGCUUGUGUAAUUAGACCAAAGGUAGAGCCUGCAGUUGGAGCUGCUUUAUUGGCCUUAAAUUUCUUGAUGAAAGAAACAGUAGCUAAUGGCCAUAGUUGACACCUGAUUGUACAUAUCUAACUGUGUUAACUGUAUAACCAUUGAAGUUCUCUUUCAUUGGUGGUUCCAAUUCUGGGUGGGCAUGUCCUUGGAUCAGUGUACUGUACUUACCUUCUCUUUCCAUUGCAUAUGCAGACUGCUAAAAAUGAAAUGUUAUUCAAAUGAGCGUUGCACCAACAUAUCUUUGUUUCCUAAGUUGGGCAGUCUUUUGGUGCUGGAGGAAAGGGAAGGAAAAAGUGGAAGGAGAUUGUUUGGUCAUAGUUGCAUUUGUAUUGCAGAUGGUUAUAUAGAAUUCAUAACACAUCAGUAUCUUAUAUAAUAUCUUUUAUAGCAUUCUCUGUUGAGAAAGAAAUCCAUUUUUCAUUGGUGGUGGAAUGGGAUUGAACAGUUUUAUUA